GCGCCACAAAUUAGUGAUAUAAACAGUAAUCAGACGUCAGUUAAUAGACUCAUCGAUGGCAUCAACUCAUCGAAUAUACCACUCAUUCAAAUCGAACCGAUCUCUUCAGUGUCUGUUCCCAUCAUAAGCUCAACCAUUCACAGGUCAUCACCUAAUUUACGGCAAACCCUAACCGUUAACUCGUAUUCAAUGCCCACGUCGUCCUCAAUGAUGGACUCGAAGGUUGUGUCGCUCUUUGAAGCGAAUAAAUCGGACGACAAAACCAUUGCUGAAGAACGCAAUGAUCUCGUGAUGAAAGAUAGGGCUCCAGACAUGCCAUCGAUUUCAAUACACACCGAAAUGGAUGGAGUAUUGGCUGAAAACAAUGCCAACCAAACGAUUACCGUUAGUUCAAGCGAUGAAUCUUCAGACAAACUGCCGCUUAUGUCGUCCAAUGCGACCAUCAGUUCUCUGCUAGAAAUCUCAUUACCGGAGCCGCCAUUCAGUGAUUCAAUGAUCCAAUGUUCUAGUCUUACGGACGGCUAUACCAUCGAGAAGAGGCCUUUCGAGAGACUAACGCUUCCCGAUAUGGCGUCCGACUCGGGCGCCCACCGCAAGUCCCACAACAACACUGACCCAACCCUUCUCACGUCGGUCUCCUCCUCGUCAUCCCUGGCCAGCCCUCCCAUAGAGCGCCACAAAUUGAGUACAUCUCCCGUCUCGGACUCAUCUCAUUGGCUGAAUGGCGAGUCCUGUGACCUCUCCAUCGGUACUCUACUCAACGCCUGUGAAUCUCCCGUCAAAACAAUGGCCGCCAGAGAGAGGGACAGCCAUUCGCUAACCAAUGAUGUGUCCAUCUCUCAGAUGAGUUGCUUAGUGACCGACAAUAGCAUUGAUUUGAUGUCAAAGUUCGCCGACUUGGCCGCACAGAUAGUCGACACUAACUCUAAGUCUACUUAAUUUAUUAAACAAAACAAUUUUCGCCACACUUUUGGUGUUUAUAUUAUAUUUCAAUAAUAUAUAAAAGGUUUUCCAGAAAUGUGGCCAAACUUUUCGGCAGCUUUUCGUUGGAAUUAAAUUUACUGUAAAUAAGAUUUUUUUGUAAUUUUG